UUUUCUUCUUUUUUUUGUUGCACAUCCCAGUUGACCAGCCGCUGUUUCAUGUAAACAAAACAGUAACUUCGGAUAUGAGUAUCGACAGACGUGUGGAUUUGAGCAACUGCCUCGAGGAUGUUCCGGUUUUAAUUGAGCCCACUUCCGCCGCCACGACGUUUCCCAAAUUUCAGUAUUCCCCAGAUAACAUUCAGGGACCAGGGUGCACCACUGACCCCAGUGAAGUCACCCUUCCUGGAUGCUCCUGCCGUUCCCACUCCUGCUGCACUGAGAACUGCCCCUGCCCGCGGACACGUGGCCCUGCGUACGAUGGCGCUGGCGCGCUGCUGAACCUCAGCCCGACGGAUUCUGGUUACUGCUCGCCUGUGUUCGAGUGCAACGCCCUCUGCGCCUGCAGCGAGGCCUGCUCCAACCGGGUGGUGCAGGGAGGGUUAAGGCUCCGGCUGGAGGUGUACAGCACCGGGAACAAGGGCUGGGGAGUGCGAGCGCUGGAGGCAAUCCCACAUGGGACGUUUGUGUGCGAGUACGCCGGAGAGGUGAUCGGCCUCGAGGAGGCCAGGCGGCGACAGCUCGCCCAGAGAGCCGGGGAAAACAACUACAUCAUCGCCGUGAGGGAGCACGCGGGCGCAGGCCCCGUCGCCGAGACAUUCGUGGACCCCGCCGCGGUGGGGAACGUAGGCCGCUUCCUCAACCACUCCUGCCAGCCCAACCUGUUCAUGCAGCCGGUCCGCGUGCACUCCGUGGUUCCUCGGCUGGCGCUGUUUGCCGGGCGGAACAUUGACGCGCAGGAGGAGCUGACGUUUGACUACACGGGGGGAUACAGUAACCAACUCCCCGUCGAGCUGCUGUCCACCCAAAGGGACGCCGACAUACAGGCCAGUCGGACAGAUGGACUCCAGAGGAAAGAGUGCCACUGCGGUGCCACCAACUGUAUUCAGUUUCUUCCAUUGGAUUUAUCUAUUAUCAACCGGGAAUGAACGACACUCCAUCUUACAUCACGUUUUUAGGUUUUUAUCUGAAUGUCAAGAGGUGGAUGUGUCCAAAAAAUACUUUCUAUUAAAACUAUCUCCACUUAA